AUGACAUCAGUUCAGUAUUAUUUUUUCCAAUGGAUUUCAAUUAUCGUCUUGGUUGCUAUCUCUGGUCUUUUUGCUGGUUUAACUUUAGGUAUUAUGUCCUUAGAUAUUACUGGUUUAGAGAUUAUUAUAGCGAGUGGGACGGCGAAAGAAAGUAAAUAUGCAAAAAUUAUAUAUCCGGUUAGACAAAAAGGUAAUUUACUACUUUGUACCCUUUUAUUGGGUAAUGUAGGUGUAAAUGCACUUUUAUCAAUUUUCCUUGCCGAUUUGACAAGUGGUUUCGUUGGUUUUAUUUUAUCAACUACAAUUAUCGUUAUUGCUGGUGAAAUUAUACCGCAAGCCGCAUGUUCAAGACAUGGUUUAGCAGUUGGUGCUCAUACAAUCUAUAUCGUUUAUGUUUUCAUCUUUCUCUUUUUCCCAUUUGCUUAUCCAAUCAGUUUAACAUUAGAUUGGAUUUUAGGUAAUGAAAUGGGUACAAUUUAUUCAAGAAAUCAAUUAAAAAAAUUAUUAGAUAUUCAUUCAGCCCAUGCAAAUGAAAGUGGUGUAUCUCGUAGUGAUGUUACAAUGUUAACAGGUGUUUUAGAUUUUGCACAUAAAAAAGUUUCAUUAAUUAUGACACCAAUGGAGAGAGUAUUUAGUGUUGAUAUUGAAAGUCUUUUAGACUAUAAUACCAUUACAUUGAUUUUAGAGAGUGGACAUAGUAGAAUUCCAGUAUUUGAAGGAAACAAAUCCAAUAUUGUAGGUUGUCUAUACGUCAAAGAUUUAGCAUUAUUGAAUCCAGCUGAUAAAGUACCACUUAGAACCAUUCUCAAUCUAUACAAAAGACAAUUGGUAAAGACAUGGAAUGAUACAUCAUUGGAUCAAAUGUUAACAGAGUUUAAAACUGGUCGUUCACAUAUGGCAAUCGUACAUAAAGUUAAUAACGAAGGUGAAGGGGAUCCAUUCUAUGAGAACCUUGGCAUCAUUUGUUUGGAAGAUAUCAUUGAAGAGAUUCUUCAAGAUGAAAUUCUCGAUGAGAAUGAUAUGUAUCAUGAGGUUAGAAAGAAGAAUCAACAUCAUUCAACCUUUGACUAUAGAACAAUCGGCUCUUUCCAUGGUCCAAAAACUGCACUCGCCCAAUUAUCCUCACAACAAGUCAAAGCCAUUUACUCUUAUCUUAGUGGUUCAAUCGAUGAAUUCUCCUCCAAGUUCAUCUCUGAAAAUGUUUUCAUCAAAAUGCUCUCCACUAAAGGUGCCAUUGUUUUGGAUGUCGAUAGACCAGCCACAGGUGAUAAAUUCAUUUAUACCAGAGGUGUCGCCACUGAUUUCUUUACAAUCAUCCUCCAAGGUAAAGUUGAAAUUCGUUCAGGUAGUGAAGCUUUUAUUAGUGAAGGUGGUCCAUUCUCUACUCUUGGUGUUGGUGCUUUGAAAUCUGAUCACUUUGUACCAGAUUUCACUGCUCGUGUCAUCAGUGGUAACAUUUCUUACUUAAAAAUUCCAAAAUCUGUUUAUGAUCAAUCAGUUAUCUCUACAGAUGAUGAAUAUAAUACAAAGAUUUUCAAUAGAAAUAGAGUUGAUCUUAGUGGUAGUAGUAGUAGUGCUAAUGUAAAUACAUCAAGUAGUAGUGGUCAUUCUAGGUCAAUAAGUAAUGAUGAUAGACCAACUUCUUCACCAAUUAUAAAUAAUGUUUCAAGUUCACCAAAUAUACCGUCUUCCAUUUUAACUAAUAAUAAUAAUAAUAAUAAUAAUAGUACAAAUACAACAACAACAACUACAACCACAACAACAUCAACUAAAAAUAAAGAAAAUGAAAGUGAUAAUUCAGAAAGUGAAGAUGAUUCAGAUGAUAAUUAUAAUUCUCAAAAACCGAUUUUAUCAACUCCAAAAAAUAACUUUUUACAAAAUAUUAGGAAAUCUGAUACAAAUAUUUAA